AUGAGAGUCAUAAAUGCUAUCACGGACGAGCCUGGGUGGGACCGGCAGGUCUUUGACAAGGCAAUCACCGCCAAAUGGCGCAGCGAGAUUAUUGAUACUGACAAAGGCAUCACCCCUAACAUGAUAGACUGGAUCAUAGAUGAGGUGAAAUGGAAAGCGGAGAACUAUUCUACUACUGGCUUUGUUGUCGUCUUCGAUCCUGGAGUCGUCAAGUCGGACACUGCAAUCUCAGAGGAACUACAGAACGCAUUGAAAGAUGGCGUGCGAACGCUGGAAGAUAGUCUUACAGAAAAGGAUUAUCAUCCAGGUUCCGAUGACAGGAUUGUAGACCUUGUACAUCCAUCCCUUUUCCCGGUCGUCUUUGGCCGAACAAGAGCUAUCUCUGAUUCUUUGAUUAAACUUGAGAGUUGCCUGGAUACCGUCGGACAAGAAACAGUUUUUCUUGUUCCAGCCGAAGACGACUUAACAUCCGACAGCUUUAAAAAUUAUAGCUGGGAGUUUCAGUGGCUGCCUUGCGACGUGGAUCUCCUCGACAAUGGGUCAUGCGCCAUAGUAUCUUAUAUCAACAAUCUUCACCCGCAGCAGAAUGCACACCUCUACCAUAUCAUCGAGAAAAUCAUCGCCCAGGCUCUUCCACUCUGGAAUACAACAUUGACCUACAUGAACCAUGACUAUUGGCGAAUCCCAUAUAAUAGAGUGGAGUAUGAGGCUUGUGACAGCGACAAACAGGAGUCAGACUUUGGCGAAGAGAGCUCUGAUAACGAGUCGGUUGAUAGGUUGAAAAUUGGCCUACAUGACUUCCGCUCGACGGGCUUGCAGAUAAUAGUCAAGCUGGCUAACAUCGAGUUAACGCCUGAGAAACCCGAAUACCCUGGGGGGUCAUGGCAUGUGAAAGGGCAACUAAAUGAGCACAUCUGCGCAACAUCAAUCUACUGCUACGACAGCGAAAAUAUCACCGAGAACACACUCUCUUUCCGUCAACGUGUAAUUACAAAUAUGUAUUGGCUUAACUGCGGGGAAGAACAUGAUCAGAUGUUACAAAAGGUCUUCGGGUUUCCCGAAAGUGCCUUCGGGACCGAAACUAUGAAUCUCACUCAAGAGCUUGGUAGCCUAGUCACAAAGGAAGGGCGUCUUUUUACGUUCCCAAACAUUCUGCAGCAUCGAGUAUCCCCUUUCUCAUUGGCAGACUGUUCCAGGCCUGGUCAUCGCAAAAUCCUGGCGUUGUUUUUAGUUGAUCCUCAUCUACAGAUCAUCUCGUCGUCACACGUGCCACCACAACAAGAGGAUUGGGAUAUAGAGAGGAUAAUGUCCAUUCAGCAAGCUCUCCGGCCACUCCCACAAAAACUUCAGGAUAUGCUGUACGAUAAUUUAAAUACUCGGUAUGUGACCAUGGAUGAGGCCAGGCCAUUCAGAUUGGAGCUUAUGGAGGAGAGGAGUUCUGCCGCCCUUGAACAAAAUGAGAACUUUGAGUAUGGUAGACUCACCUUCUUUGUAUGA